AUGGAUGCCACUAGUAAAUUAGUUGAGACCAUCUUGUUCUUCUUGUGUCUGUUCCUAGUGGUCAUAUUCUUAACCCUUGCUUCCUUCUUCUGCACCCGCUUUCACACUCACAGAUACUCGCCACAAGUCGCUAAUGCCCGAAACACCGGCACCAAUGAAGUAGGCCUUGAUGAAUCCACCCUCCACAGCUUCCCAAAGGUUCUCUAUGGCCAAUCUAAACUCAAAAAGAGCAGCUCAACUUCCCCUUCUUGCUCCAUAUGCUUAAUGGAAUAUAAAGAAACUGACAUGCUGCAGUUGAUGCCGGAUUGUGGCCAUCUCUUCCAUCUUCAUUGCAUCAACUCGUGGUUAAGGCUGCACCCCACAUGUCCAAUAUGCCGGAACUUGCCAGUUCCGAUUCCGGGCGCUAUUACUCCAGUCAAUCAAUUGCCUCUCUUGGCAACACAACAAGUAUGA